AUGGCUGAGAGUGGCGCGACUACAGCGAUCAAGAACGCUGUUGGCGGGUUUGCCGAGACUCUUCCUGUGCUCAUGAAGGCCUUGGACGAAAUUGGCAAAAUUCAUCCUGUCAUUCAAGGUUCGAUUCUCGCGCAUGAACUAUCGGGUGGGCUCAAAAACGUCAAAGAUGAAGCGGUGACUGCACCUGACGGCGUUACCAUUGAGGCCAGGCUGCAAGGACUCAUGAAGCAGACAGCAGGCGAUAUCCAGUCCUGCGGGAACGUGUGUGAUGCGUACUCAAAGAUGUCGCUGCUUGCGAAAGUGCUCAAAGGUCCUCUCUGGGAGGGCACAUUUGCAAGCUUCGUCUCCAAGUUCUCGCAGCGGCGGGAUGACAUUGAAUUUGCGCUGUCCAUCCAUAUCGCUGGCAAAGUUGACGGGCUGCAUGAAAAGGUGGACGACCUAGCACAGAUCGUCGAGCGAAAGACAGAUAUGAUCAUAGAGUUCUUGAAGAACUAUAUCCCCCCAGAACACAAGGAGGUGUACGAGCAAAUUGAUCGCAGAGGGGGUCGCGAAGCUGUCCUCAAGAACGACGACGCGUUGCAGUCACUCGUAUCCGCUGAAUUAGAAACCAACUCAAGCAGACCCAGCAAUCAAGCCACAGCGCUUGCACGAAAUAUGAAGCAUGAACUGGAGAGCCAGCUGAUCGACCCCACGUUCCAGAUUCAGAAGAACAACCAGUCCUUCGACAGGAAAUUCGAGAUGCAGCAGAGACAGAUCCUCGAAGGCGUGGGCGAGAUUGUACACCGCGAGAGCGACCGCGUCAUCGAAUCAGUCACUUCCGGGCCACAUGACAGAAUUUUGGACAAAGACUUGCAUCAGAUAUGGAAAGAUAUGGGAUGGCGCGGAAGUGUUAAAGCGCGGCACUUUGUGUUGGCGUUAAGGGAUUAUGAGCAGGAGAGAAGAGAAGAGAAGCUGAGGAAAGAAGCUACAUUUCAAGUUGCACCUACUUUCGAUCCCGACGCUUGGGCUUUCGACUGGAUCACGGUGAAACGGCUGCAGGCGAUUACGGAGGCUCUAGACGACGACGCCUCAGGCUUCAUUACCGUGACAGAGGCCAACAACUUCACCAGCUCGAGACCUGCGGAUUGGAGCCUGCCUCAUUGGCUGGCAUACUGGGCAAUAGGCUGGCAGAUUUCAGCAACAAUCUACCGGGACAAGAUCCACGAAAUCUUUGAGAAGAUGUUUGCGAUUCGGCCACACCUCCACGAAGCUAACGUGUUGAUGAUCGACAGUUAUCUCAGCGAAAUCUGGGCGAAACUGCUGGAACGAUUCCAGAGCUACAUUGACGCAGAAGAAGAACGUCUCAAGAAGAACCUCGAAGCCAUCAAAUAUCAUGUCGACGAUUCGACUAGCCUUGCGCUUGUCACGGGUCCUGGGCGGAUCGAAAAGUACUUGUUCCCGCUCAUUUAUCUCCUACUGAAGCACGACUACGCGGUCUUUUGUAUAGGGCGCAAGGAAAUUGUCAAUGAACGUCACAAUAUAGAUGCCUCCGAUAGUCAGUGGACCAUCAACCAGGCUGUCUGUGAUCGUAUCGACGACAUGAAAGCGUCUCUCAAGCACCAGAGGCUGAACCUCGCACAUCACUUCGAGCAUGCCUACAGUAAAGUGUAUCAUUUGAUGUACUUGGCGAUAGAAGACCCCGAAUCUCCUCUGCCCCUCAAGACGAUUCAAACAUUUCCUUACAAAGCUGUUACCUAUGACGAUACUAAAGAGGACAAGGACGCUCCCACAGCGGAGACCGUGCUCUUCUACGCAUAUGACCAAUCUCAGUUGAGCGCAGGGGCAGAGGCAAUGGAAGAUAUUGCGACUGACGAGGAUCGGAAAGCUACCGGACACCUCAAGAACAUUCUUGGCCACUGGACCGGCUAUCACUACACGGACACCAAAUAUCCGUUCUCGGUCCCGUUCACCGUAUUCUUUCAUACGCUGAACGCGGAGAGCACUCAAUACGAAGCCCUCGUCCAUGCCCCAGACUCGCAAGUGGAGUUCAAGGUGGCUGGGGACAUCGUCACAGAGGCAGACGGCAAAGUGACAUAUCAAUUCCGCUUCAUCAUACCCGUCCAUGGGAUGACGGUAGACUAUGAUGGAACACUCAACGAAGACGGUAGCAUGCUGUCUGGAAGAUGGGGCCCCGACGGUACCCGUCCAGCGUCAUUCUUUUUCUCAAAAAUGCCUGAGCAAGUGCUAAUUUGCCGGCCCUCGCCAAUGGAACUGCAAACCAACAGGAUUCGAGCGCUUUGGCGUUUUGCGCUGACGGCAGUACAAGAGCAGGUUGCACGGCGUCGAUUUACGUGGAAGUUCCUGGCGAAACGCCGAGAUGUCCGUCGUCGCUACGUGGACUUGGCGUUACGGACACAUCUUGGGCGCCCGCUCAACGAGGCAGAAGACGAGGAACGACGGAAAUGCUUGGGCCUGCUGAGCCCGCUAGACGCACUCAUCGCUCAUCACCUUAUGGGCCUGCGCAAGCGCACGAUCUGCAUCCACAAGAAUAUAGCCUGCGAUUCGUGCGAGGACGACGAUCGUGAUAUAAUAGACGGGCGCAUCGUUUGCCUCACCUGCGGCAAGGACGGUGGUGAGUCGGUCGACCUGUGCGAGGACUGCAUCGACACAGAGGUGGACUGUACGAAGCGGCCCGAUCUGGCCGCGCCGCAUCUCCCGACGCACGACUUGUACAAGCUGCGCUCGCUGGUGCAUCACCGCGAGUUUCGCCAGAUUGCGUCCAUGGCGCGCGACGCGCUGGAGAGGGCGCGGACGGCCUUCAAGGACGCGCAGGACGUCGCGCAUGAGCAAACGGAGGAGGGUGGGACGGGAGAGACGGAGGACCACUUGACCAAGAUUGUUCAGGAGGACUUGACGUGCGUCAAGUGCAAGGAACGCGUCACUCAGCCAUGCUGGUACUGCAUCGUCUGCGAAGAUGCGGUCUUCGUGUGCAUGAAGUGCGAUACCGGAGGGGGCGUGUCGGAGGGCAAGCAUGCGAAAACACAUGGGCUUGUGCGGUGUCAAGAGGAGAUCGUCGAGACGGAGGUUCCCGCGGAGGAGAAGUUGGAGUCGAUGGUCACGAACAAAUUUGCAAAGGUCGACGGCCGGCUCGACGAGAUGGACACGAGGCUUCGGCAGGUCGAUGAGCGGCUUUCGCGAAUGGAGCUAUUGCUUCAAGCAAUCGCGUUGAAGAUGGGGGCGGGACAAGACGGAUCGUCGUGAUAAUAGGGCCGAUGGUCGUAUCGUGGUUUCCCUUCGCCACAGGAAUGGAGUUCUGACGGACAGAGACACUGAUUGCGUCGUUCACAAUACCUUCGGACGGAAUGUUUAUAUUUCAAGGCAUUAACUACUUUGUUCAUUCCUCAUAUAAGUAUA